CGCGAGUCACAUGACACACAAAGCUGGGCUUUUAGUUUACUCAAGCAUUUGCUGAGUUCGUUCUUCUGCGGAUGUUGUUGUUACAACUGUAAUGAGAAAAUGUGGACGUAUAUUCUGACACUUUGUCUGAUUUUGUUUUAUUGCAGCAUAGAUGUUGAAGGGGUGUGUCAAAAUAUUGAAAUUGACACUGUGUGUGAUCAGCGGGCAUCGAAGGGCGAGUGCUACUUCAAUGUGUCUAUGGGGUGUCGAUGCGCUUUGGCGUGUCAAAGCAUCUCGUCCUGUCCAAAUCAUCCAAACGAUGGUGACACCGACUGCUUGUGUAAAAUAGCACAUAUUCUCGGCAAGUGCGGCGUGAACAAGACGGAGUGUCGACACACGUGUCACCUCAGAGACGUUGUCACAUGUGACGUUUUGGAGGCGGUGUCUGGUGCGGCGCCAUCCAAAACCACCCCCCUGUAUCUUGACAUCGUCACCUACAACUGCCUCCCAGGAUACUACGUUGUCAACGGAAGCACCGGGAAGAGAGUGUGCACCGAAAAUGGGACCUGGUUUAAACACGUGGUUGAUGGACUGCGCCAAAUUGUGAAAAGAUAUCCUGUGGUUUGAGCCCAUCAUUCGAAAACGUGACAGCAUCUCAAGGAUAUGGCGUGUUUGACGACGUCAUAUCAUACUCUUGCAACAUUGGUAACGGGCAAGUGGGCGGUAGCAAUGGCAGUAUGAGAUGCAACGAGACUGGGAGUUGGGACCCGGACGUCGUGUAUGGGAACCCGCCAUUAUGUGAUAAGAUUUCCUGUGGUUUGAGCCCAUCGUUCGAGAACGUCACUGCAUCUCAAGCAGAUGGCGUGUUCAACGACGUCAUAUCUUACUUUUGCAACAUGGGUUACGAGCAAGUGGGCGACAGUAACGGCAGUAUGAGGUGCAACGAGACGGGGAGUUGGGCCCCGGACAUGGUGUAUGGUGACCCACCAUUAUGUAAAAAGAUAUCCUGUGGUGUGAGCCCAUCAUUUGAGAACGCAACAGGAUCUCAAGCAGAUGGCGUGUUUGACGACGUCAUAUCAUACUCUUGCAACGUGGGUUACGAGCAAGUGGGCGGUAGCAACGGCAGUAUGAGGUGCAACGAGACGGGGAGUUGGCACCUGGACGUGGAGUUUGGGAACCCGCCAUUAUGUGAAAAGAUAUCCUGUGGAUUGAGCCCAUCAUUCGAGAACGUGACAGCAUCUCAAGGGGCUGGCGUGUUUGACGACGUCAUAUCAUACUCUUGCAACAUGGGUUACGUACAAGUGGGCGGAAGUAACGGCAGUAUGCGGUGCAACGAGAUGGGAAGCUGGGACCCGGACGUGGUGUAUGGUGACCCACCAUUAUGUGAAAAGAUAUCCUGUGGUUUGAGCCCAUCAUUCGAGAACGUGACAGCAUCUCAAGGGAAUGGCGUGUUUGACGACGUCAUAUCAUACUCUUGUAACUUGGGUUACGAACAAGUGGGCGGCAGUAACGGCAGUAUGAGGUGCAACGAGACGGGGAGUUGGGGCCCGGACAUGGUGUAUGGUGACCCGCCAUUAUGUGAAAAGAUAUCCUGUGGUUUGAGCCCAUCAUUCGAGAACGUGACAGCAUCUCAAGGGAAUGGCGUGUUUGAAGACGUCAUAUCGUACUCUUGCAACAUGGGUUACGUACAAGUGGGCGGCAGUAACGGCAGUAUGCGGUGCAACGAGACGGGGAGUUGGGACCCGGACGUGGUGUAUGGUGACCCGCCAUUAUGUACAAAAAUAUCCACAACCAGUGUCCUGUCAGCGUCCAGUGUCACCGUCGCCCAUAAUGCGGCGUCAACGGAGGCGUCCACCGCCACGUCGGUUGAUUCUGGUUAUUUAACCGGUGCUUCGUCAGUUGUACUCACAGAUCACUCAAGCGGCAGCAUCACUGCAUCGUUCACACCAACACCGUUCACUGCGACGCCGUUAGGGUAUACAUCUCCGUUACCGACGCUGUCCAAAAUGGUAACAUCGUCUUCAGCGACUGUACCAAAGAUAACGUCAACGCUUGAUGUGCUGUUAUCAACGUCAUAUCACAUCAACGAUGCAUCUGUACUUCUUGUCAGAUGUUUCCAUGUUAAUGUAACGCGUUCUUCAGAAGAGUAUACUAAAAAUAUUCCAAUCACCAAGAGGUUUGCGCCCGGAGCCGAAAGAAGCAAAGGGAGCACCCUUAAGUCAAAUCUGCGGGACAUGAAGAUGCGAUGUCGGGAAGUUACCGAUGAUGACGUUGUGCAUGUUGAAGAUACCAGCAGGAAAGGAACGACGGCAGCUAACGACAAUGUCAAGGUCGCCACAAUUUUCCAAAUCUCCAGAACAUGA